AUGGCGUCCAUUCUCAAACAGCUAUCAGACCUCAUAGCAGCUUCGGUCCACGACAUUGACGCUGCUUGCGAUGCACGAGGAAUACCUUUUCCCUCUCUGGAUGAGCCGUUCUCGGAGGAAUCGGAGCGCGCACGCCAGGAGCAAGAAGUUCUCAGCAGUAUUGGUAUCAUAGUUGCUGCCGCGACGCAGCUCAUCGCUGUCGCCAGGGUCCCGUCGAACUAUCUGCUCUCCAUGGUCCUUCAGCAUACCAUCCCUGCUUGUCUCGGAGCUGCAAACGAUGGCCAUGUUGCCGAGAUAUUGCGCGAGGCCGGUCCACAGGGAGCGCAUGUCAAUGAUAUCGCCGAAAGGAACGGCAUGAAUGCGGCUCGGAUUGGUCGAGUUCUUCGGCUGCUCGCUACGCACCAUAUAUUCAGGGAAGUUACUCCCGACGUUUUCACUAAUAAUCGCGUCUCUUCUCUGCUAGACACCGGAAAACCAGUGGAGGAACUCCUUAAAUUCCCACUCAUCAAACACGACGGCACCUCCGGUUUUUCUGCGGCCGUUGGACAUCAAUCAGAUGAGACGUUCAAACACGUUGCAGCACUUUCUGAGACUCUGCACGACCCUGUAUUUGGCCAUUCAGAUGAGCCCAACCAAUGCGCCCGUUCCAAGGCCUUUAACACAGAUCUUUCUGCCUUUGAAUGGUUGGAACUACCGGAAAAUAGCUAUCGCAGGAGGCGUUUUGGGGUGUUCAUGGAUGGCCUGUCCAAGGUGCAGCUUCUUGACACUAGUUGGAGCGGUUUCGAUUUCUCUUCACUUCCAGAUGGAGGAUUAGUUGUUGACGUUGCUGGAGGCAUCGGAUCUGUGUCGAUGGUGAUUGCAAAAGCCUAUCCGAAGUUGAACAUCGUCGUCGAGGAUUUGCCUGAGGUUGUGCGAGAUGCAGAGAAGUUCUGGAAGGCCAAUCUCGCAGAAUCAUUCGACAGCGGUCGUGUGCGACUUGUUCCCCAUGAUAUGUUUACGCCUCAGCCUGAAGCCUUACGCGCGCCGGAUUUAUUCGUCCUACGUGGAAUUCUUCACGACUGGUCAGAUACCUAUGCGAUGAAAAUUCUGAAGCAUCUCCGCGCUGCGGCAGGUCCAAGGACUCAGCUCCUCAUUAUCGAUAGCGUCCUUCGAUACGCGUGCCCGCCUGACCCUCAGAGGACAGAAACCUUCAAAGUGCCUAAGCUUGUCGAACCGCCUGCACCAUUAUUGGCCAACAUGGGUGGGGCUGCCUCCCUGCAUUAUGCUUAUGAUAUCGUGAUGUUAGCUCUUCAAAAUGGUCAGGAGCGUACCGCUGACCAGUUUAACGAGCUUUUGAGACGCGCAGGAUGGGAGUUGAAAGAAAUCAAGAAACCAGAUAGCACAGGAGCAUGGCUCCCGCAUGUGGUCGCAGCCCCGUUGUAAAAUUUCCCGCUGGAAAGACCCUGCACUUAUUUGAUGUGCGCUGUAUUUGUAUCGCGUAAAGCUUCUUGAAUUACACUUAGCACAGUUUGAAAA